AUGGACAGGGAAAACAUGAUGAAGGAAGUUAAAGACAGGCUGAAAAGUCACCUUCGAUACAAGUUCACGUGGAUAAACGAGGGGACGUCUGACGGCCGCUCUCGACUCGACCACAUCUACACCAGGCUCUACAUCACUGAUCGGGCCUCCAGAUUUGACUUCAGAUCACACGAGAUACUCGACCACUUCAAAGUCUCAGAUCAGACGGGGCAGAUUACAGGACACUAUGAUCAGAUCGACUGCCUGGACAUUUUUACAACAGGAAGAAAGAGUUUCCAGCUCCCUGUGAGAGACGGACCCAUCCGCACAGUGAUGACCAAAGGCAUUGCUGGCAUUGGGAAGACAUUCGCUGUUCAGUUCUUCGCUCUGAACUGGGCAGAAGGAAAAUCUAACCAGGACAUCCAUCUGAUUUUCCUGCUUCCCUUCAGAGAGCUGAACAUGCUGAAACAGGGGGAGUACAGUCUGAUGCAGCUUCUCCUGCACUUCUACCCUCAACUGAGCCCACUGGAAAAUACCCCACAUCUCACCAGCAUGCACAUCCUGGUCAUCCUGGAUGGUCUGGAUGAGAGCAGAUUCUCCCUGGACUUUGAUGGAGGUGGAAGAGUGAGUGACAUCAAUCAAAAAUCCACAGUCGACAUGCUGUUGACCAGUCUCAUCAGGGGGAGUCUGCUGCCCAACGCGCGGCUCUGGAUUACCUCCCGGCCGGCGGCGGUUGGCCAGGUUCCUGCUCACUAUAUCGACCAGAUGACAGAAGUCCAAGGCUUUACUGAUCAAGACAAAGAGAUUUACUUUAGAAAGAGAUUCAGCGACUCCACAGAAGUCCUGUCUUGUCUCAAAGGUAUGGUCAGCUUCUACUUCAUGGGACACAUCCCCAUCUUUUGUUGGAUCCUUGCUGAGGUGUUGAAGAAUGGAGACGAGAGGAGCCGAACCAUCAGAACAAUGACGGAGCUCUACAUUCACUAUUUACUCAUUCAAACACGGAGAUCGGAGCAGAAGUAUGGCGAGAAGGAGUCAAAGAACGAGGCCAAAGAAGGUCUGUCAAGGUCACAGAACGCCGACAUGCUUUUAAAUCUGUCCAGGCUGGCCUUCGAACAGCUACAGAAAGGAAAUAUCCUUUUCUACGAGAAUGACCUCCAGGAGUGUGGCAUCGAUGUGGAUGAAGCUUCUGUGUUUUGUGGGUUUUGCUCAGAAAUCCUGAAGCAGGAAUGCGGCCUGUACCAACAGAAGAUGUUCAGCUUUGUGCAUUUAAGCUUCCAGGAGUUUCUGGCGGCUCUUCACGUGUUUCACUGCUGUACCACCGAUCGCGGCACCCUGACGUCUUUCUUCGGUGAGGACGUCACAAACCUGAGCUGGCUGGAGCUGCAGAAGAAGGUGGUGGAUAAAGCCCUUCAGAACCAGAAGGGGCAGUUCGACCUUUUUCUCUGUUUCUUCCUCGGAUUAUCGCUGGAGUCCAAUCAGACGAUGCUGCAGGCGUUACUACCAGAGACGAAGAGCAGUACAGACACCUCGGAGGAAAUGAAGACGUACCUGAGAAGCUUCCACACAGAAAACCUCCCAGCAGAGAGGUGCAUGAACCUGCUGCUUUGCAAGUUUGAGCUGAAAGAGGAGCGAUUUCAGGAGGACGUCCUCAAGUACCUGAACGCAGGAGCAGCAUUAUCCCUCGUCGACUGCGCUGUGCUGUCCACCAUGCUGCAGGUAUCUGGAGAGGUGAUUGAAGAACUAAACCUGACCAACUGUUUUAUUCCAUCUGCGGGUGUCCCGAAGCUUCUCCUGAAUGUAAAGAACAGCAAGAAGGCUUUGUAA